CUUCAGGAAUCUCAACCAUCAGCGCAAUGGCUUCCUUUGAAAUGAACGAUCGAAAGAAUUCUUUUCUUAUCAGGAGUAACCUUAACUAUUGGUCUGAAGUCUACCAUGCAGUUUUUCAUGAAGCCUCAAAAUUUUAAGGGAACAAUUUCUUUUGGUGUUGGAUUCUUUUUUGUUGUCAUUGGACGGCCUGUCAUUGACAUGGUAUUGGAGGCAUAUGGAUUUGUUGUCCUCUUCAGUGGUUUUUGGCCGACACUGGCAGUAUUUUUGCAGAGGAUACCUUUGCUUGGUUGGUUGUUCCAGCAACCAUAUAUUAGAUCGUUGCUUGACCGAUACAGGGACAGGCGGGUGCCUGUAUAACCUCGUAUAUAUCGGAAUUUAACUCAUGCAUGGUUUAUAAAUUAAGAUAGGUAAUAGAUGAUUGGUAAAUCUUGCUAAAUAGGAUUCCAAAUAAGACCCCAACUUGCACAAAGU